ACGAAACAAAAUGAGUCUCAAAUUGCUAUCAAAUAAUUUUAUUAUUUAUAAUAAAAAUAAUAACCGACUGAUUAUUAAAUGCUAUCUCAAUGGCCAUAACAACUAUAGGAAUACCGCGGCGGCCACUGUCGGUAUAAUGAUUGGUGGCCAACGUUUUGCCGCAAAUGUCACUAAUAUUGCUAAUAAGACACAAUUGGCCGCUUCAUCGUACGGUACGGCAGCCGCAGCCGCAGCCAAAGUGGUACAAAAUAAACUAAUUUUGCCGAAAAAUAUGAGUUUUCAUAACUGCUGGCAUCCAAGUGCUACACCGGAAUCGAUGGCCAUGUUUGACGGCAAACAACAACAACAACAACAAUCAAUGGCUAUUACGGGCACCCGUAGACCGUUGACACUGUUGUUGGCCUGGAUGUUGGCCAAAGACAAGCACAUUGAAAAGUAUCGGCAAAUGUGGUUCAAACGUGGCUUCGACGUACUGACUGUACGGACAUCACCGCUGGAUCUACUGUUGCCGCCGGUUGGCGGACUGGCAGUGGCCAAAAAUAUAGCCAACACACUGAACGAACUAAGCGGCCAAUACAACGAAAUAGUUAUACACAUAUUUUCGGUGGGCGGCUACCAAUUUGGGCUAACACUUAAACAGAUGAUCGGCAAACCCGAGUAUCAGUAUAUACUUGAUUCUAUUAAAGGAAUGGUCAUCGAUUCGAUGGUCUAUCCGGAUGACUGUGCACCCGGUCUAUCGCGUGCCAUAACACUGAACCCGAUAGUACAGCCGGUAAUUGAACAGUCCAUACACGGCUUUCUCAGGCUAUUCAAGAAUAUAUCUGUCAAAUACUAUGACAUUGCUUUCGACGCCUACGCUAAUCCUAAAGCUAAAUAUCCAGGGCUUUUCUUGUACUCGAAAGACGAUUUGGUCAGUAGCGUUGCGACCAAUGAUUAUCUGGUGGACACAUGGCGUCGGGCCGGCCAUAACGUCAGGUCCAAGUGCUGGGAUCGGUCGACACAUGUACUACACUAUAGAGACCAUCAACAGGAAUACGAGGACGAGUUGGACGCCUUCAUCAAGAGUUUGAAACUGAGAAACGCUAACAUCUAAUUGAAUUGAAUUGAAUUUUUAUUUUAUUUAUUUAUAUUUUAAUUGAAGUUUU